AUGGCUUCUUCAUCCUCUCCUGUUCCUAACUCUUCCCGUGGUGCUAGCUCUGGCCCUGCUAGUAUCCAGGCCGAGUCCCAGAAAAAUGCAUCGCCUGCUCGUCGUUCGCGGCCGCCGCGGCCCAAUUACAAACAUAUCCAUCGCUUCCCUCUCCCCGUUGAUGUCCAUCCUUUGCCGCCUCUGAUCCCUCAUAAUCCAUUGUCGAUUGUCAGCGUGCUGUUGUCCUAUUUGACAUACCUCAUUGCACCACCCAAACAGCAUGUCUACAAGGCUUAUUUUGACUCUGCGACGUCAUCUGUCCAUGUCACGGACCCGAAGGCCAUCCGAGCUCUCUGGGAGAUGGGUUUCUUUGGCAAGGGUAAUCUUAGUCGGAGUGAACCGAGCUGGCUGGAGCGACAGAAGAAGCGGCGCGGAUUGCUCGGUGGCACUACAAGUGAGGAGGUCACCCGGCAGCGCCGGACAGAACGUCGCGAAUUGAAGAUGGAUCGAGCUCGCAUGGAGAAGCUGGCCAUCCAAGAACGACUGAAGGCCGAAGCAGCCGCCCGGCAAGGCGACAAUUUGUCUGUCGAGCAGCCCUCUCAAUCGCCGUCCGCAGACACAUCGGCAGAGAAGUUCUCACUGAGAAAAGCCAAAGAAGCGAGGCUGUUGGACUCGCAGCGCUCAAUCACACAGAAUGGCGAAGCGCGCCCUUCCAACACACCCGAAGAGCAAAUCCCCAAUGGUAGCGGCAAGGCCGUUCGAUUUUCCCCGGUUGUGCAGGCUAAGGAGUUCAUCUCCGACUCGGCUAUCCUGCAGCUUCCGGAGGUGAUAGCAGAGGAAGACAAGGUUGGCGGUGCAGAAGAGGAGCCCAUCUUGCAGAACGAAGAGCAUCUUCACCUGUCGAACGAGGAAGCCUUCUUUCUCGCCUACGGACUUGGUGCACUGACGAUCUUGGACGACACACGCGAAGCCGUCAUGACGACCUCGACUUUACUCCCCCUAUUCUGCCAGCAUGCCGACUUCCCACCCCGUGAUUCGUCCUCGGAGAUGAAGCCCGACGAUACUUUCCUGAUCUCUUACGUUGCGUACCACCAUUUCCGGUCUCUGGGAUGGGUGGUGCGAUCCGGUGUGAAGUUCGGGGUUGAUUAUCUUCUCUACAACCGUGGCCCGGUCUUCUCACAUGCCGAGUUUGCGGUCGUCGUCAUUCCUUCCUACGUUGACUCGUACUGGUCAGAGACCGAGGAGCGCCGGAAGCACUGCGAAAAGCAAGUGUCCCGCAGCUGGUGGUGGCUGCAUUGCGUCAACCGUGUUCAAGCCCAAGUGAAGAAGAGCUUGGUGGUUUGCUAUGUGGAAGUGCCACCGCCGGCCUCGUACGACCUGGACGAGCCAUCAGAGACUGAUAUUGGGAGACUGCUUGCUCGGUACCAAGUUCGAGAGAUGGUGCAAUUGCCGACCGACGACGGACAGGGUGCGCAGAUAUCCUCCGAACCUGUGUCAACGACUUCGUCAUCCAGUAUAGCACAGAAUGGCACCAGUGUGAGCUCAUCGAAGCUACCCUCUUUCGAAGACCGCCCCAGCAGCCGCGCGGCGACUCAGCUGGGUAAGAUGGGCUCCACAGAAACGCUCCCGUCGGAUACCCAGUUGAUCUCCCAGCGGGUGUACGAUGAGAUCAUUCGCAAAAACCAGGAAGACGACCCUGUCGUGAACCACGACAGUAAUUUUGGGGAUCAAGCUACACUUAUGACCCUGCAUGAAGGGGACAGCGGCCAUCUCAACCUAUUGGCGGGUUACGACAACGUUAAUGCAGAACUGGUCAACAUUGACGAUAAUGAUGACCGGAGCAGCUCCAAACUAGGGGAGUCAUCGCCUGCGCAUUAUCAGUCAAAUUUGUUUCCCGAAUCGCAGCGAUUCGUGAUGAAGACACCUGCGACUGCUGUGAAGCGGGCUCAUUCAGACGGCCUUGCUACCAUUUCGCCCACUGUCUCACGCAACCCUCUUGCGACGGAGAUUGGGUCGAGUGGUGGGAUCAUGGCUUUAAGCCAAGUGUUCAGGGCUACCCAGGCACCUUCCUCCCCGCUAGUCAAUCGCCAGCAACAUUCUGAUCUUGUAUCGGACCGGCCCUCACCCAACAUCCCGAUUCAGAAACACCCUCUCGCCGCAAAUCUGUCAUCCCCGUACGAUCGAAUGGCGGCAACCUUCCCGCGGGACUCUUCAGCGCACAAGCUCAAGUAUAUCUCUAUGCAGGAAUCUCAGGCGAAUCGUGAUAAACUGUUGAAUGAGAGGAUGACCCGUUCGGCGGAUCCUGUGUUCCCCGGUGACCCAAGCGAUGACGACUUUGGCAAGGAGCCUAGCUUUGUCGAACGCAUGAGGCGGCACCGCACGAUAAAUGAGGAGAUAGCACCCCAGCUUGCAGGUCUUACGGCACCUGCAAGGUCGGAGGGUAGCCGAAGCAGACAAGCUAGUAAGGGCUCGUUGUCACCACCAGGGGACUUGGGUCUGCAAGUUUGGAACGAUCAGUCUAUUGCAGAGAACGAUGGUGAGCAGAGGGCAGCCGCAGAUUCCACUGUUCCGCAGCGGGGUGGCUCGAGCGAAGAAGAGACUGAACAAGAGCAAGAAGACAAUAGGGGUCAGUCCAUCCCACCAUCCACGGAGCAUAUUCCUGCGACAGAGGAAGACAAAGAAAACUGUCUUGAUCUAGCAGCAACGCCUGUUGCCGCCACCACUAGCGCACAUGAUCGUCUUUCGCAGGCCCUCGCCUUUGAUGGUAGUACUUCACCCGCUCCUGGAAGCCCAGAAAAGCAACAGCUUCAGCCACACCUAGCUCACAACAUCGCUCACUUGGACGAGCCCUAUGAGCACGGCAGGUCGUCACAGAUAUCAAUCGUCAAAGAUUCUCAGCGCUCUCCUAGGCAGAGGGAAGCCGGCGCAGAAGUCGAGACGAACCGCAGCCGAAGAACAUCACAUUGUCCGGACUCUCAGGUUCAGAUCGAUCCUACAUCGGACAUUGACAGGAUCAUGUCGUCGCCCACGAAGCAAGUCCGCUUGCAAUCUUCCCCGCCCGCUGAAUCGCGUCGUCUUCGACUGUCUUUUGAACUGGGUGAAGUCCAGGACAUAAAUGUUGGCAAAUCGAUAUCCGGCUGGCCCCAGCGCUCUCCCACACCGAAAGCCACGCAGCCUCUAGAGGGCAGCUUACUAGAUUCGAGUAAUACAGUGUCUCAGCAGCCCAGAGUUGUAGGUGACAAGCCUUCAACCUUUGAUUUCCGGGGUAAAUCAUCGUCGAUGCCCUCUCGCGUGGCUGAAACACCAGUUCCCCCUAUAGACCUUGUGGAUGCGGUGCCAACGACCAGCAUUCCGGAGACUAGUCCCAACCGACUGGGAAACCAAGGAUGGCCCAACGACAUGAACAAUAACGAGACAGCGGAUCAAGAAGACGAUGAUCUGCCGCCGGUUUAUCAAGCCGCGCAUGAACGGGCAUCGCAUUCGCAUCGGGUUGUCUUGAACAGCUCCUCGCCUUCGAAGCCAUCCCUGACCUCAAUUUCGAAGCUUCUAUCAAGCCCGAGUGGGAGGCAACGGAGGGCACUUACGGAGAUUGCUGCUGAUGCCUCACCGAAAGGAGGGACUGGAGCUUUCAACCCAGACAUUGAUAUUAUGUCAGCCGAGGACUGGGAGUUCAAAGCUGCAGUUGCCAGGCAUCAAGACUCGCCGAGGAAGAAACGCCGAGGCAACAACGGACAGGGUGUCAUUGCUUCUGAUCCUAUUCUUCCGGGGACUCCCCGUCUUAACAGUCGGUUUGUACCUCUUCAACCUGUUUCCGAAGAUCUUGUUGAACCUGCGACGACGAGAACUGUGACUGAGGUGCAGAUGGACAUGCAGCCGGACGCACAGCAGGAAAAUUUGCAGAGCAAAGCAGCGAAGGCUCACCAGAGACGCUCUAGACCUCCUCGGAGCGCGGACAGUGUGUGGGAUAUGGACGAUUCUCCUCCGCGAACCUUCGUUCCGCGCAAACACAGGUCACGAUUGCUGUCUCGUCCACGACUGUUGAAUCGACAAAGGUCUGUAGAGACUGAGCGAGGGGGAUCACCGAGCAAGGAGCGGUCGGGGAUUGCGCAGCAACGCCAAGCAAUCAGCCCUAUGCCUGAGGAGCCACGCAGCGAUAUCACCAUUCAAGAUCCGAUAGAGACGCCGGCCACGGGCAGUCCUGCCACGGAUAAUGUGCCUACUGUCGGACCGGCCAUGCCGUCUUUGACUGAGAAAGUCCCAGUCGCAGCAAACCAGGUCUUCGCUCCCUGGUGUGGAACAAAGCGUGCGUACUAUCCGGCAACGUGUUUUGGCAAGCCAUUCGGAACGUCGCAGUCUCGGUAUCGGGUAAAGUUCGAAGACAGUGCACCUGUGGACAUUCCAAUGGGAGCUGUCAAGAGAUUGGAACUCCGUCCCGGCGAUGCCGUCAAAGUGGACAUGCCGAAUGUGCCCAAGGUCACGCAUGUUAUUCGGAGCUUUGUCCGCAAGCUGAGCAUAGACGAGAUUGAGCAGGGCGCCGCGAACGGGGUGAUUCCCAUGACGGAUAUCUAUGGCUACUCAGCUGUGAUAGUAGGCCCCAAGCAGCGCAAGAGUCUUCCUAAUGCCGGCUUGGCCGUCACUGAGAGCCUCAUUGAAGUGCCAAUCUCCAAGAUCUACCUCGACACAAUUUUGUGGAACCAACUCAAAGAUCGCUCCUUCACCUAUAUCUCCGAACCAGUGUUUCUUGAGCGCGGCGCUCCAACACCAUUGGAGAGACUUUCCACGCCUAUCUCAUCUCCUGGUGCGCGCCUGUCACGCAGCAUCCGCUUCUCAAAUGGUUUGUUCGCCGGAAUGGUCUUUGCUGUCUCUUUUGGUGACAACAACGAGGCCAAGGCUCGCGUAGUAAAAAUGAUACUAGAAAAUGACGGGCGCAUCUUAGAAGAUGGAUUCAAUGAGCUUUUCGAUCUACCGCUGAACGCCCCCGUCGCCACUCCCACCAAGCAGCCACCCACGGAAUCGAACACACAGCAUGACCUCCUCCAGCUCAGCAGCAGCGCCGCAGACGUAGGCUUUGCCUGCUUGAUCGCAGACAGACAUUCUCGCCGAUCAAAGUACAUGCAGGCUCUAGCGCUUAACCUCCCAUGUCUCUCAGACCGCUGGAUUGAAGACUGCGUCGCGCGAGGCCGGAUCAUCGACUGGGAGAUAUACCUCCUCCCCGCCGGAGAAUCCACAUACCUCAACGGAGCGACCAAGUCACGAAUCCUAACGCCGUACCCGGCCACCGAGGCACAACUCUCGGAGACCAUCGCCGGAAGACCUAAUCUCCUGAACGGGCAGUCCGUUCUCCUAGUCACAGGACGCAGUGGCCGCAUCGACGAGGAGCGACGCAAGGCCUACCUAUUCCUGACCUAUGCUCUCGGGGCCUCGCGGAUCGAGCGUGUCUCAGACUUGAAGUCUGCUCGAGCCGUCCUAAACGCACAGACUGAGGACGGGCCCGUCCGCAAGCGCAGCUGGGAUUGGAUCUACAUCGAUGACGAUGACAAAUCAUCUGCGAGAGCGAUGGCCCUGAGCUCGGCGGGAGUGUCUGGCGCUGGCCCUAACUCGCGCAAACGGAAGCGGACCAAGCUCAUGGAGUCGGUAACCGGCGACGAUCUUGGGUUGAGCACGAAUGUCAGGAUUGUGGGCAAUGAGUUCGUCUGCCAAAGCUUGAUUCUGGGUCGAUUGUUCGACCAGUGA